AGUCUGUGCUCGACAUCCGACGAGAUACCAGCGCGUUGUUGUUUUCUUCAUCAUCAUCAUCAUCGGAAAACCGAAAUUCAUCGCAAAGAUUUCUGCCUCGAAAGCAUACGAAAUUUUCGAUAUUGCAUCUCUGCAUCAACAUGUUCAGUUCCGUUGUGACUGCACAUCACAAAUGUGAUUAACACAAUUAUUGGAUGGUUUUUAUCGAAAAAAAAAGUUUUAGUGUUUAUUUUUAUUCAAAAAAAGGACCUUUCAUUUUUUUAGUGAAAUGUUGACCGUUAUAGGUCCCUCUCGACGACAAAAUUAGCUUCGAAAAAAUGCUGAUUAAUUUCGAAUAAUUUAUGCAAUCUUCAUCAGUGAGCCAAAGUGGAAAAAAAGAACCGAACAAAAAUUCGUGAGAGAAACAAAAAAGCCCAAUCGCAAAUAAAUUUUAACGUAUCAUCGAAACUGAGUUAACGGUGUGUGUUGAAAAUUCAAAUUGGAUUCUGUUUUAGUCUUUUGGCAUUAUUCAUUUUGUAAAGUGGUCAAUCUGCAUGGUGCAUUCUUUUCAAUCCGGAAACAAAACAUUUUACAAAAGUAAAACCGAAGAAAAUUACUUGUGCCGAUAAAUGAACAGAGUCGCUGAUUUUGUUUUUACCGUUUGAUUUAUUCUCAUUUUGCGGCAAGCAGCCCAUUAAUUGUGCACACAUAUGAAACACGCGUUUCGAACAUUUAACCGUACGUGUUGUGUGCUACGUGAUCAGAUGAGGAAGCUUUUUUCUGUGUUCGACUGCCCGAAAAGCCGAAAGUCACACAAGAAAAUGUACACUACAGAACAAUUGAUACAUACGCCGGCUUGAACAAUUUAGCGAGACACACAUUUUUCUUCGCAAAACAUUCAUUUCGAGCGAAUGCGAUGCGGUGAUACUCAUGACGAGGACAAGCAUACAGUGAUUUUUUUACUUUCACCCAUUUUCCUUGGCCAAAAGCCACACAGCCGACUUUCGAUUCAUUCAAACGCGUUUUUACUCGAUGAAUGUGUUAUGUAAAACAGAGCUGCUGUUCUUUCAUCUAUCGGGAUAAAAGGAAGAAGGUUUUUGACACGGUGAAAUAAUACCACAGUGUGAUUCAUUUUCAACAUGAGUUCAAAUUCAGUUAUGAACUUUUAGCGCGUUCAAAGAUAAUGAAGGCAAAAAAAAAACAGGUAAAAAAAUCGUGUAUGAGAAAUUGUCUUUCUGUGAAUUUGAUAGAAGAUUUACUCACGACGACGACGACAUUUUUUCUGAUUACGUAAAUCACCUUGAACGCCAUAAAUACGUGAAUUCUAACAAGUCAUAAAAGAACGACCGAACUAUUUCGUUGUGGACAAUUGAAACCCCUCGAAAAAGCCAACGAACUGUUUGGAUCCCAAAAAUACUACCGACGUAUUAGAUUAAUGAAUGUGACUGCCAUCAGAUAACAAACAGUUCAUAAAUUUUAUCAGUCGCAAAAAUAAAUAAAUCAUGUUAUUUUCAUGGUGGUGAAUGAAUUGUUAUCUAACAUUUUCGAAUGCUAAAUUAUUUUACGCGAGUGUGAUUCACAAGCAAGUAUUAUGCAAUCAGUGUUUGAGGGAGGAAACAGCAAAAAAAUUUGAAUAAAUCAUAUUUGAUCAACGCUGAUUAAAAAAAAGUACAAACAACGAACCAAAAGAGAAGAAGAGCGGCCGAAAAAAAGACUCUUACUCACGUUUUUGUGCCAAGUGGAAUUUUGAACUUGACUUUUUUUUCGCGCGCGGCUUGUGAAUGAGACGUAAAUUUUGCAAAUUAUGUGUGUGAAUUGGAAAGGUGGACAAAGCUAAGGCACAUAGAUAGAGUACCAGAUAGCCCGCUUGCUAAAUUCCAAUGUAUGAAGUGUGCGAUUUGCGUUGGAUUUUAUCACAAAACCAAUACCAAUAAGUGGACGGUGUUGCGUAUAAUGGUGACUUAGCGCACGGCGUUUCUGAGGUUAAUGCCGAUCCAACUAUUGUUAGAUUGGAGUAAGGCCCUAGUGGCCAUCGUAUGCUCACUCCUUUUGGCCAUUUCAUUCAUAAUGUGCACGGCAAAGCCCGUUGCAAUUGUUGGCGGCGGCGGCGGCCUGAGCACCAACGAUUUUACACCGGCAAAUCGUACGCAAUUACUCAAGCGAAAUGCCAUUGAAAGUGAAAAUCGCUUGAUGCUCACCACACCAUCAAACGAUGCAAUGCCAUUGAAUAUAUCACUGAGUCAUAAUCCAUUCGGAUUGGAUACGGUGAAAAAUGAUACGUCCGUUGUGAAAUGGCACGUAAAUGCAACACAGCCGGCUCGAACGACAAAGUCGACGUCGACGUCGGCAGUGAAUCCAUCGAAAAAUAUCCGUCAUGGCUCGAUUUCAACAACGACGACGACACCAAAGGUGGCUAUUACAAAUCAUUCGUCCGAUGCAUCAAAUGAAUUAAAUUUAGCUGCACUUAGCGGUGAUGGCAACCAGCAACCAAACAAUUUUGAACAGCUCAAAGUACUAGCCAGAACUCAACCGAACAUUAAAUCAAACGAUCAACCGGUGGACACAACAAAAACAUCAACGAACGAACAAAAUGCCACUCGACAUUUCAGUGCGACCAAAUUCAAUGUAUUCAAAUUGGUUGGCAAAAAAUCACCGACUCGCCCAAGUGACGGCAAUUUUACAACCGAAUUGCCAACCAAGCAAACCACCACAAUACAUCAAUCAACCAUCACAACGAAAGCAACUAUUCAAUCAGUAUUUCUAGAUCAUCUAAAUAAUUUUAACGACACUAAAUCGCCGAACAUUGAUAGCAUUAGUAAUGAUAACAUAAAUCCAAAUACGCAAACUCAAGAUAUGGUGGACGCAGAGAUUUUAUCACGAACGGAACGAAGUGUUCAAAUUGCGGCAAAUAAACGCAAACGAUUACAUAAUGAUUCGAACAAUGCGGAACGCAUUGAAAGAUCCGCCAAUUUUUCAUUAAGCAAAGCCACCAAACGUAUCCAACUACUGAUUAAAGGACGUUUCCUGCAAAUGCUGCCCGAUGGCACUGUCAACGGAACACAAGACGAUCAAAGCGAAUACACAAUUCUGCAGCGAAACACUGUCGAUGUGGGACAAAUACGAUUGAUUGGGAUCGCAACUUGUCUGUACCUUUGCAUGGAUUCGUGCGGAAAUUUGUACAGUUCGCGUGAAUUUACAAACGAUUGCAUAUUUAAUGAGCGACUGGAAGACAAUUACAACUACUACACAUCGACACAUCAUUCGAGUGCUUGGCGAACAUAUUAUAUGGCCUUGAAUCGUCUGGGUGUACCGCGUAAAACCCAUUUGCCAUCUAACAAGCCAUUGGGUAAAUUAUCGACAUAUGUAAAAGCAUUUACUUUGACCGUGCCAGAGCAUCGUUCAGAGGCUGUAAUUGGUAAACGCUUUGGUUUCAAUCAUGUUACGCACGGUAUCAAGCAUUUAUGUGAGUCGGGAAAACAGCUUAUGGAACUCACUCAAAAACAAUUAGUCUAUCCGGAAUGCCAGAGCGGUAGUAGUAAUGGUAGCAUAAAUAGUAGCUUAAGUAAAAAACAACAACAACAACCACAGCCAAAUCAUCAUCAUAUUCGACACGCGAUGACGCAUCAGCAUCAUCGCCGUCCAGCUCCUGCAUCACUGACCGAUCGAGGAUCGAACCGGAAAAAUGCCGGCAGCGGCACCACUGUCACGAAAGCCGUCGCUUGUAACACAGAACAAUGUCUCAAGAAGAAGAAAGCCAACGGCAAUAACGGAAGCCGCAGUGGCGGGAACAACAAUAGCAAUAAUAGCAACAGUAGCAAUAAGAGAAAUAACAUGAAAAAGUUGAAUGCGAAAAGCACAAAAACUCGACCGAAUAAAAAAGCCACGACAAAAAUGACGACAACAACAACGACAACAACGACUACCACUGAAAGUGCCAUUUUAUACGGUCCAACAGCUGGACUCGAUAAUGUUCCUGAUAACUACGACGAUGAACUGGAUUACUCUGGAUCCGUUCAGAUAUCGUCAAACAGUCAGACCGGCCUCGCCAGCGACGAAGACUAUGAAGGUGACAAAUAAACCUUCACACCCUCUCCCCUAUCCCGUAUCAAAAAAUGUAACAAUUGUAUAUAGCUCCAGCAUUCAACAUAGCCACACAACAAUAACAAUUUCUCUUCAGAAUACUUAACCACAAACUGCGUUCAUUCAAAUAUUAAAUUAUAAAAGCUUUUUUUUAAAUCUAGCAUUUAAGCGUAGCAUCAAAAAUCUCAGGUUAUUUUAUCUACGUAUUUUUUUCUGUUUCAUAAGUUUGGAUCUAGUGAGUAGCGCGCGUUUCAAUUGAUUUGAUACGAGACUUUGUUUUAAUAAUACACAAUUGUGGCAAUUAGCCAUCAUCAAAUAAGUAAACCAUUACACAGAGCCAUGCAAAAAGUUAUAUAUAUAUAUAUAUCGCACGAGACGAAAAUAGCACAAAUUUUCACACACAACUAUGAAACCAUACUCGCAACAACAAUUAGCAUGUAAAAAGUAUUUGUAUUCGCAUAGAGACACGCAUCCAUUGUACUUCACCGAUAAUCUUCAUUUAACCACAUGUUUAUUCAUAUUUCCAUAUUGUCGUGACCAAAAUUCAAGCUAAACUAAAUAAGAAAUUGCAACAUUUACUUUAGAUUUUGAGUUGAUGUGAACAAGAAAGAAAAUGGUUAGAGUUUCGACAUUUAUCCUCGGAUUGAUAAAUCGGUCGAAAUUGUUUAUAAAUUGCAUCAAAUCAAUGUUUUGCUCAUUUCGAUUUAGAGUGACUAGUCUAACUGAGGCGGAGAAAGUGUUCUUCUUUUAUUUAGAUACAUUUACAAAGAUUUUUUUUAUGUUAUACUCUUGUGUAUUUUAUUUGUGUGAACUAAAUUAUUUUAUCACUAGAAGCCAAUCAUCAUUUUGUUUCUAUCCAUCAUUCGAUUUACGAUAAAAAUGUGUCCGAGUUUAAGGCAACUACUGCUUUUUCUUCUUCUUUCUUGUGUAUAUUUUUCUCUUCGUGAAUUUUCUUGCCAUUUUUUCUUCUUGACUUCUUUUCUACUUAUUUUGAUAAAUAGCAUUUUAAGCUGACACACGCACCGCAGAAAGAAAAAUAAUUCAAAAUCGUUGCUCAUUUAUCAUUCAAUUUAUAAAUUAC